CUUUUCCCCCCAUUCCAUCAAUCUCUCAACCAGAAUCCUCACAACCACAACAAUCUCCCAAUACCCACCCCAACCCAACCAUCAUGAAGAUCCCCUUCCUAGCCCUACCCUUCCUACCCUCCCUAGUCUCCGCCCACUUCAGCCUCAACUACCCACCCCCACGCGGCGAAAACAAAGACGACAUGCCCACCUUCCCCUGCGGCGGUCUCGCACCGUCGUCCAAGCGCGCCCCAGUCGCCAUCUCUUCAGACGGCAAGGGCACGUUCCCCGUUGCGGUGACAAUGGGCCACGCGCACACGGCGCUUGAGAUUCUGCUCGCGCUGGGUGACGAUCCGUCUGAUAAUUUCAACAUCACGCUGCACCCAACCUUUGGCGUUAUGGGUCUUGGGUCGUUCUGUAUCCCUGAUGUGGUGGUCGAUGAGGCUCUCUUGGGGACGAAGGUGGUUGAUGGGAUGAAUGCGACGCUGCAGGUGCAGUCGAAUGGGGAUCCUGCGGGGGGGUUGUAUACUUGCUCCGACAUCCAAUUCUCUUCAACAUUCACCAUCAGCAAAUCCACCCCCUGCCAAAACAACACCGGCAUCUCAGCCGUGCCCUUCACCGGCGCCAGUGCCGAGCGCAACGCCAACGAGUCUACCGCAAGCGGCGAUCCCCAAGGUGGUAAUGACGACAGCCACAACGGGAACCACAGCGGUGACCAUGACAGCAGUGCGCCUUCUUCUACUUCUGCUGCUGCUGGUGUGGCGAUAGAGACGGCUGCGUGGGGUGUGUUAGGUGCGAUGGUUGUGGGUGGUAUUGUUAUGCUUUAGGGUUGACUGGCGAGUACUCUUGCUUGUUUGUAUUCGUGUUUGGCUUGACUCAUACCCUUGGUUUGAGGAGCUACACAAAGUCUAGCCAGGGAAUUCUUUAAGGUUCCAUGAUCAAAGUCAUCGUUUGAAAUGCUAAUUCA